AUGGUGCGCAAGCAGAAACCCGACGAGGUGAUCCCGCAGGUGAUCGUGACGGAGCAACAGGAGCAAUCGGAUGGUGGUCGCUCUAUGUCCCGCGAGGGCACCUACUCCCGGGAACCUUCUCGCGAGCGUAGCUCCCGUUCCGUGUCCAUCUCUCGGCUGCGGGCCGAUGACCCACUGCGCAAGGAGAUGAUGUUCGUGCGUGAGAAGUCACCAUUCGAGAUCGGUGACAAUCGCAACGUGCAGGUCGCCUCCUGUAAGGCCAUCAUCGAUAAGGCACUGGUGAUGGACGUGUCGGGUGGUGUGACGAACGUGGACGAGUACAUCUCACUUUUCUUCUCGUCGGGCUGCGUCAUCGAUGAGGCCUCAUGCAAGGACAUUUCGACCGCAGUGGAGGUGACGAUCAUCGAGGAGGAAGAAGAGCGGCCCGAGCUGGUGGUGAUGCCGCUUGUAGAGGAGGAGGUGAUGCCGGAUCGCGAAGAUAGCCGCGAAAUCGCACCCUCGGGUGAUACCGCAGCCGAAGAUGGGGUGGAUCAUGAGGUAACCGAGGAAGAAGCCGUCGAGGUGGACGCAACCGAAGUGUUCGAGGAACCGACGGGUGAUGGGGUGGAAGGCGAGGACGAACCCGAGCCAGAAGUAGCACCCGAACCCGAGGCGCCGGUUGAACCAGCGGAAUCUGAUUUAAAAGCAGAUGACCAAGAGUCUGAGGAGUCUUAUAGCGAGUUGGAGGAAUCAUCAUCAGAACUAUCGUACUCCUACAGUGACAUGUCCGUGGACGAAGUAGAUCCAUCCCAGUGGCGCGUGUUCCACGAGGAUGAGGACGAGAUCGAGAUGAUGAAGUUCGAGCAGCGGGAAAAGUCGCCCGAAAUGACGGAAAAAGAAAAGGACGCCGAGUUCCAGCGAGUAAGGAAAGCUUCCCGGCCCCCACUAUACCUGACCAAGCUGACAGAUCGCAGCGCCCCCACCGGCUCGACCAUUAAGCUACAGUGCACGGUCGAGGGCCAAGAAGUGACGGUGCGGUGGCUCAAGAACGACCAGCAGCUCGAGCGCUCGUCUAACGUGCAGACGACGGCCGCGGAUGGACUCUACACACUCACGAUCAAGGACCUCAAACACUCGGACGCCGGCGAGUACAAGAUCCUGGCGAAGAACCGCGGUGGAGAGAUACCGUCCAUUGCGCGCGUCAAAGUCUACGACGCGAUCAAACCCAAAUGCCAGCUGCCGAUCUUCGUCAAAGUCAGAGAUUACUUCCACCACGCGCUGAACGAUCUGGUCAUCGAGUGCCAGAUCAUGUUCCAGCAGGAGUGGUCCAUUCCCACGAUAACGUGGCUCAAGGAUGGUGAUCCGAUCGUGCUGGACCAGCGGAUAGGUGCCACGUACGACGGUGAAAACGACAUAUUCCAGCUCAACAUCUACGAUCCCACGCCCGAAGAUAGCGGGCGGUACACGUGCAUCGCGGAGAACGAAGCAGGUCGUAGCCAACUCUCGCAUACGGUUGACUUCGUCGAGAAGGUACCGUAUAUGCGGCUACCGGGCAUCACCAAUGCUGACCGGAAGCAGCUAACCGAGGAGGAGAUCGAAGAGCGAAAACGUGAGGAACAACGCAUCAAGAAGGAAGCUCAGGAAAGGCUUGCCGGAGGUCGGACAGGACGCGGAAUUGGAGAUGACCACGAGCCGUACGAGUCCGAGUCUUUCGUGAUACGUGACUCGAAGAACAAACUAACCUGGGCUGGUCAGCUGCACAACAUCACGACCACAAAGGGUGCGAUAGUGAAGAUGACUUGCUCGGCAAAUGGUCCACUGCCGAUGUUCAAGUGGCAGCGCAAUGGACGUGCGAUCGACUUCGGUGAUCACGUCAAGCUGAUGAACAGCGGUGCGAUCGGGCAGAUCGUGAUCAACGGUGUGACGCGCAAGGAUGCGGGCGAGUACACCUGCACGGCGAAGAACAACCACAACGACAUCAAGACGACAUGCGUGUUGAAGGUGGUGACGUUACCCUCGGCCGAUGAGACGCCCGCUACUUUCACGCGCGCUGUGAAAGAGUUCUACGACAUCCGAGCGGACGAUCUGGUGCUCGAGGUGAACGUACACGGUGUGCCGAAGCCCACGAUCAAGUGGCUGAAGGAUGGCGAAGAGAUCACGCUCGGUGAGAAGCUGCUCAUCAACCGGGAACCGAACGGGGUAUAUCAACUGUGCAUCCACAAACCAGUGCCGACCGACUGCGGCGUGUACGAGUGCCAGGCAGUUAACUCGGCCGGUACAGCGAAGGUGUCGCACGAGGUGAGCUUCACGUCCAAGGAGAAGCUGAUUCACGUACAGCACAUCGAGCACGCGGACUACUUUAAAAGGCGGCUCGAGGAGAAGGAAGCGGCCAGUCUACUGCUAACGGCAGAACCGACUCCACCAGCAGACGCACAACAGCAGAGUGCUCAGUCACAGGCACCUUCUCAGCCAACACAACCGGUGCAAGCAAGUGCAGGUCAGGAAGCACCUUCGUCUGAGAACGUGGUAGCUGAACCCGGCGCAGAGGAACCCAGCAACGAGACAGCCACAUCGGCACCGGAAACACAAGAGGCCCCAGCUCCGAAGCCCAAGCCAGCGUUUAAGGCGAUGGGACGCAAGCGCUUCGAGGAUGGGCCAGUGGAGCCGUACGUCAUCCGCGACUCCAAGAACCGGUUGAUGUGGGAGACGAAGCUGAAGAACCUGACCGCCCCGGCUGGUAAGGUGAUGAAGCUGACGUGCAGUGUGACCGGGCCUCAACCGACCUGGCGCUGGCUGAAGAACGGCAAACCACUAGUCUGGAGCAAGAACGUGAUCAACGCCACGAAGAGCGAGUUCGGAUGUGUGCGGAUUACUCCGACUACUGCGGCUGACUCAGGCGAAUACACCGCACUGGCGAAGAACAGCUUCGGUGAGAUCGAGUGCUCCUGUACGGUGAACAUCUUCGACACGGAAAAGGACAUCGAAACUGUGCCAACUUUCACGCGUGUCAUCGAUUACUACGAUUCGUUGGUGGAUGAUUUGAUUCUGGAAGUGCACGUACGUGGUGUUCCUGACCCGAAGUUGUCCUGGGAGCGCGAUGGCGUCGAGUUCACGAAUGAGACCGAUCGAGUGAUCAUCUCCCGUCAGGGUGACGGUGUAUAUAGGUUGAGCAUCCACAAUCCGGAGAAACUCGAUGGUGGUCGCUGGGUGGUAACUGCCAAGAACACAGCCGGCGAGGAAAAGCUAAAACACGUGGUCACCUUCAAGGGGCGCGAGUUCUAUCAGAGCCAGCUGACGCACGGUAUCUACCACGCAGAUAAGCCCGUGACCCGUUCAGAAGAGGAUGGCAUCGUCUAUGGAACCCGAUCGCGUUCCGUAUCACGAGCUCCAUCCGUAGCGCACCAGGUCGGUCCCGAACCGGACAUUUCGGCCGUUGUUGAAGCACUUCAGGCGGUUGAGGCUACAACUGAGGAUGCUCCUGCACCUGCACCUGCAGAAGGAGGCGACGCUGCUCCUGCGGCAGAAGAGCCACCGGCCGCCAAGAAGAAGAAGGAACCGAAGCAAUGGCGCAAAAAUUUGCAAGGACUCUUGAAGGGCCGUAUCCCUGGUCCAAUUCCGGAGGAGCCCACGAAACACAAGGUGCUUGAGGUGAAGCAGAAGCUGUACUUCGAGGCCAACCUGAAGAACCAGACCGUGGCCGAAGGGUCGCAUCUGAAGCUGGUGUGCUCGUGCGUCGGACCGCAGCCAACGAUCAAGUGGUUCAAGAACAACAUCCCACUCGUCUGGAGCAAGAACGUCAAGAAUGACACCAAACUGGGCGUGGGUGCAGUGCACAUCAUCUCCGCUGAGCUGGGUGACUCUGGCACGUACAAGUGUACGGCCAGCAACACCUCCGGUGAGGUGGAAACCACCUGUAAGGUGAUCGUGUUCCCGAUUCCUGAGAAGCAGCACGUCGCACCGAGCUUCGUGCGUAACGUUAAGGAACACUAUGACAUCCAGACGAACGAUCUGAUCUUGGAGGUGAUCGUACGCGGUAACCCAAUGCCGUCGGUUAAGUGGCUGCGUGACGGCAUCGAUCUACAAGACCCAACGGGCGAGAAGUUCUUCCCGAUGCGUGAACCGGGAGGUGUGUUCAAGCUCACCAUCCACGAUCCGCAGGCCAAGGACGAAGGACAGUACGCGUGUGAGGCGUCAAACGUCGUCGGACGGGACUCGAUCCGGCACGCGGUGCGGCGUAUUACGGAGCGCAAGGCUGCCGAAAGCCACGUGUUCGGCAUCGCGUAUCACGACCCGAAUGUGAUGAAGCACGGCGUGUACGAGGAACCACCAAAACCGGAACCAGCACCUAGGCCACACCGCGAGUUCGUGUUCCUCGAGGACGGCUCGUACUAUAUCCGUGGCCAAACGCCGCAGCAUCUGUGGGAGUGGGAGACUGACACGAGCGCCGAGAGUGAGUACGAGGAGUACGUGUCACCGGAACCAGGUCAGGAACCGGAACCGGUACCAGAACCACCGGUCGAGGAGCCAGUCCCGGAGCCUUCGCCAGAGGAGAAGAAACCAUCCCGAUCGCCCACGCCGGACUUUUUAAAGAAGUUAGCAACUCCUCCACCGGUUCCGGAACCGGUCGAAGCGGACGACGAGGAUGAGGAUGAUGAUGAAGAUGAGGACGAAGAAGAAGCACCUACUCCACCACCGAAACGCGGACCCAAGAUCAAGAAGAUGCGCAAGAAGCGCGUCAAGCAGCCGGUCCAGGAGGAGCAGCCUGAGUCUGCAGCUGCAGUAGAAUCGGCACCAGCGGUUGUUGAGUCCAAGCCCCAACCGGUCGUUGAGGUCCCGUCAGGACCUCCGCCCGCCGAAGGAGAACCCGCGGAGGAUAAGGACAAGCUGCGAAAGGAGCGCUACCUGCGGCUGUUCCCGGAACUAAAUCCGGACGAUGCCAAGCGUGUGGACGCUCGUGCGGUGUUGCGCUUCGGUAGCACGCUACAUGACAUCAACAUUGUCGAGGGCAAGCUCGUACGCCUGUUCUGUACCGUGCUGGGUUCGAAGGCUGACUUCCGGUGGUACAAGAAUGGUGAACCGAUCGAGUUCACGAAGCAGAUGAAGAACCUGUCGGACGCGAAGGAAGGCACAGGAGUGGUGCAGUUUGCAAAGGUGACACGUGAGGACUCGGGUGAGUAUGAGGUGGUGGUGAAGGACAAAUCCGGUGCCGUCAUUCGAGGAUCAUGCCGAUUGUCUGUGCUACCGACUCCAGUCCGUAUUCCGGUGGCUGAAGGUGAAGCGCCACGUUACGUGCGCUGUAUGACGCAGCACUAUGAUCUGCGCGUGGACGAUCUGGUACUCGAAACACAGAUCAAGGGCACGGGUCCGAUCAAGGUGGAGUGGUAUCUGGACGGUAUCGCCAUCCCGAACAACGAAAAGUACAUCCAAAUCCGUGAGCCACACGGCAUCCAUAAGCUGUGCAUCCAUAACCCGCAGAUCCGCGACAAUGGCCGGUACAUGGUCAAGGCGUCGAACGACUUCGGCACCGAGGAGUUGCGGUACACGCUGCGGUUUGAGGGUAAGGCAGCCGCCAUGCCGAUGUACCACAUGCACCACGCGGACAAGCGCCGACCGGCGUACGAGGAUGACAAGGAGCCGGAACCACCUCGCCAACAUCGCGAGGUAGUGUUCCUUGAGGAUGGCACGUACUACAUGAAGGGUCAGACACCGGAGCGCUUCUGGGAGUGGGAAACGGACACUGAGGCCGAGAGUGAGUACGAAGAGUACGUGCCUGGUGACACCGAGGAAGAGGACGAACCCGAGGAGGAACCCGAGCAUGAGGAAGAGUCCGAGUCGGUGGCCGAGAAGCCGGCAUCACCAGCCGUCAAGAAGGGUGCAGAGGUUGCACCGGAAACGGAAGAAGUGGCCGAAGAGGAAGAAGAGGAAGAAGAAGAGGUUGAACCUCCACCGAAGCCCGUAAAACGCGGACCUAAGAUAAAGAAACUGCGCCGUAAGCUGCCCAAACAACCGACCCCGGAGAAGGUACCUGAGGAGAAACCACGCGAGGUCCCGCGACAGAGAGAGGUCCAGAAGGAUGCGGCCGGUGAACCGAAGAUGAAGCUCAGCCAGCUGAUAUCGAGUGGCAAGAGCUUGGCCCCACCAGAAGUACCGCGUGUGAAGCGCUGGAAGAAACCGAUCGAGGUCGAGUUCAUUUCGCAUCUGCGCAGUGGCACCAUCAAGAAGGGACGCAACCUGACGCUCAACUGCUGCUGCUCGGACGCUCAGAAGAUCGAGGUGACCUGGUUGAAGGACGAUGAACCGCUCGUGAUGGGACCACGCUGUCGUAGUGACGUUACACGUCAGGGCUACUGCACGCUGGAUCUGGUAGACCUGCGGCUGGAGGAUUCGGGCGUGUACAAGUGCGUGGCCAAGACGGCUAACGGCACGGCUACGGAUUCCUGCCGCAUCACGGUGUUCGAGCUGGAAAAGAAGGCCGAGGUAGAACUGGUGCCACCGACGUUCAUCACACCGAUGAGAGAGCUGUAUCACCCGACAACGAAUGACCUGCAUCUGGAGAUCCGCAUCCGUGGUAACCCGGUGCCGACGUUCCGCUGGAUGUACGACGGCAUCCCGAUUCCGCACAGCACUGCGAAGUAUGAGAUCUUCAACCAGCACUACUACGAGCAGGGUGACAAGAUCACCACCGUGCAGCUGAUCAUCAACGAUCCGCAGUUGCGUGACAGCGGCAAGUACACACUGUUUGCCACGAAUGACGUCAAGACGGUCGAGAUGUCUCGCCAGGUAUCUAUCCCACUGCGUUUCGAACAGCGCGUACAGGUACCCAAGAAGCGCAUGGACGACGUGGUGGUAGAGAACGAAGCGCCACGUGUCCUGCCCAAACCACCGACGCCGGAACCGGAACCGGUAGUCGAGGAACCCCCGCCCGAACCCACCGAAGGUGAGGAGCAGGCGCAGGAACCGGAAGAGGAAGAGGAGGAAGAGAAGGAGGACGAUGAAGACUAAAUUCGAGGGUGGGCAGGGACUACUAGAUUAGGUUAGGCAGGUUUAAGAUGUUUCGUUUGUGUCACCGGUUUGACUGUAUUUGACGGAAGCUUCCGUGUGUGUU